UUCAUGGCCGGCUCAUGUGAGGUUAAUAUAAAGUUAAAAAUAUGCUAAUUAUUGAAAUAAGUACAAUAAAUGCAUAAUAUACAACUGGAAUAAUUAUCUAAAUGUAUAAACUGAGCUGUAUGUGAAAACAUUACGACAAGAGCUAAGAAUAUAGAAGAAUAUAUUUAAGAAAACAUGUACGCGAGAUUUCAUAACUGCGGCUGGACGGCUCUCCAAAAGCGUCUGAACUUAUCAAAUUGUAGAAGCUACGCAAGUAUUCUGAAAAAGAAAGAGAAUCUAUCCAAUACCUUACAGCCAGGAAAAAUUUACCAUGGAUUCGUGUGCACUGAAGUCGAGCCCAUCAAAGAGUAUAAUAUGACAGCUUACCUACUUACACACGAAAAGACUAAGACUGAGUACCUACAUUUAGAAAGAGAUGACUCCAAUAAUGUUUUCUCUGUCGGUUUCCGAACGACACCCCUAGAUUCUAUGGGAACUCCUCAUAUUCUAGAACAUACUGUAUUAUGUGGAUCUGAAAAGUAUCCGGUCCGAGACCCAUUCUUUAAAAUGCUUAACAGAUCAUUAGCGACAUUCAUGAAUGCAAUGACUGGUCCAGAUUACACAUUUUAUCCAUUUUCUUCCCAAAAUGAAAUAGAUUAUAGAAAUCUCCAAAAAGUAUAUUUAGAUGCAGUUUUUAAGCCUAAUCUAGCUAGACUAGAUUUCUUACAAGAAGGCUGGAGAUUAGAACACUUAAAAUUAGAAGAUAAAACGUCAGAAAUGGUAUUUAAGGGUGUUGUGUAUAAUGAAAUGAAAGGUGCCUUCUCUGAAACAAGUUCACUAUUUGGCCAAAAAUUUAUAAACACAAUUCUACCAAAAGGCACUUAUGGCUAUGUCUCUGGUGGCGAUCCUCUGUGCAUUCCAGAGCUAACCCACGAGCAUUUAAAGAAUUUCCAUGCAACAUACUAUCAUCCAAGCAAUGCAAGGAUAUAUUCAUAUGGCAAUUUCCCACUAGAACAAAACUUGAAAUUUCUAAAUGAGACAUAUCUGAGUAAAUACCAGUAUUUGGACCCAGCAAAUACUAUCGUAACGCCUCAAGAGAGGUGGAAGAUGAUACAGAGAGCAAAUAUUGCGUGUAGAGUUGACCAAUAUGGGGGCCCAGUGGAAAAACAGAAUCAAAUUGCUUUAGGCUAUGUUAUGUCUGAUAUAACAGAAAUAUACGAAACAUUCAUGCUUAGUGCAUUAGCUGAGUUAAUGAUUAUAGGACCUAACUCGGCUUUCUACAAAAGUUUGAUUGAAAAGAACAUAUCUGGUGGAUAUAAUUCAUUAACAGGGUACGAAAAUCAAAUUAGAGAUACUCUCUUUGUCGUUGGUUUACGUGAUGUUGAAAAAUCGAAAUUUGAAACAAUAGAAAGCAUUGUUAAUCAAACCAUUGAUGAAAUAUUUACAAAGGGUUUUGAGAAAAAUCAUAUUGAAAGUGUCUUGCAUGGAUUUGAAUUAGCAAUUAAGCAUCAGUCACCGAAAUUUGGACUUAAUUUACUAUUCAGUUUAAUGCCAUUGUGGAACCAUAAUGGACCAAUAUUAAAUGCUUUAAAAGUCAAUACAUUACUUGACAAACUUAAAACAAAUCUCAUGAAUCCUUCAUACAUAAAGGACGUAAUUGAAAAAUAUUUCCUCUUAAACAAUCAUAAAUUAAUUAUGACAAUGCAGCCAGAUCCCAAAUUUGAUGACGUAUUUACUGAGGCUGAAGCGAAAUUGCUUAAAACAAAAGUGAAAAAUCUAACUCCAGAGCAGAAAGAGCAGAUAUUCGCUGAUGGUAUAGAACUUUCACAGGCUCAAAAGGAAAUACAGAAACUGGACGUUUUACCAUGUUUAAAAAUUGACGAGAUUACUUUGAAUAAAACUGCACCGUCUUUAGAGCAUACAAUUUCAGGUACAAUUCCUCUACAGCUUUGUAAAGCAAACACAAAUGGUGUGACUUAUUUCAAAGGUGUUGUGGGUACAGAUUGUUUGAAUGAAAAACUGAGGCCAUUGUUACCAUUCUUCAACUAUGUUCUAGACAAAUUUGACACAAAAUCUUAUAAUUAUCGGGAUUUCGACAAAUAUGUCAGUAAGUCCACUUCGGGCUUAUCGUUUGUGACUCAUAUUGCUGAGCAUAUUGAUCAGCAAGAACAGUAUGAACAGGGUGUUCUAAUCAGCAGUCAUUGUCUUGAUGAAAAUUUACCAAAAAUGCUUGAUAUUUGGACUGAAAUAUUUUCAAGACCAAACUUUGAGAACGGUGAAAGAAUGACAAUGCUCCUAACCAACUAUUGUUCAUCCUUAACAAGUGGGAUCAUAGAUAGUGGCCAUACCUAUGCAAUGCAAGCCGCACGGUCUCUUUUAUCUUCUGUAGAUGAAUGUAAAGAAAGUCUUUUAGGAAUUAAACACAUUAUGAGUAUGCAAGAAAUACAAAAGACUCAUAAGACUGAAGAUAUUCAAGACAUUGUUGACCUUAUCGGUAAAAAUAUAUUGAAAGGUGAUAACUUAAGAGCUGCAUUCCACUAUUCAAACACAACUGAAAAUUUAAAUGAGUUUAUUGAUAAAUUCUGCACAAAUCUUUGCAAAGGUGAAACAAACAAAGAUGUAAAUAGAAUCAACUGGACAGAUACAAAACCAUUUCAGAAAGAGAACCGAGGUAUUCAUAUAUCAAUGAACAUUCCAGUAAAUUUCUGCGCUAAAGUUGUACCAACCGUGCCAUAUACAGACCCUGAUUACCCUAAGCUGCGUGUGCUGUCCCGAUUUUUAACAUCUAAAUACUUACAUCCAAUUGUUAGAGAACAAAAUGGAGCAUAUGGUGGAGGGGCAAUGUUGACGAUCGAUGGUGUGGUUAACUUUUAUUCAUACAGAGAUCCUAAUUCACGUGUCACUAUGGAUGUAUUCGAUGAAACAGCAGACUGGAUGUCAAGGAACAAAGAUCUUAUUGAUGAACAAAAUCUAUUUGAAGCGAAGCUGUCGAUUUUACAGCAGAUGGACCAACCUGUAGCCGAAUACAUGAAGGGUAUAGAAAUGUUCUUAUAUGGUCUAUCAUAUGAUAUUUGGCAGAUGCAGAGAGAACGAGUUUUAGCUGUCCAGAAGGAAGAUUUGAUUGAAGUGUGCCAAAAGUAUUUAACAGCUGAUAAAUGGUCUGGAAAAUGCGUUAUCGGUGACGGAGCAUCCCAACAAUUGAUAAAAGAUGGCGAAGCUUGGGAAACAAUAAGUGGACCACAGGAUUGAACAAACCUUGUAUUGAACUCAUUAAAGCAUUAUUUACUUAUGAAUUCAUGUGACUUGUGUUAAUUAAAAUCGAAUAUGUUUACAGCAAUUUCAAUAAAAACUGGCAACACAGUUGUUGAUUUAAAGAAUUAUUACUUAAAUAAAAAGGUUUUAAUAUUAUAGCUUUAAAGCUGUAAAAUAAUUUAAUUAAAUUGAAUUUCUCUUAAGUUUUCUAAUUGAAUACAAAACAGUGUUUUAAAAUACCUACUGUUAUAUUUGCAAUGUAUUAUUUAUUUCAAAGUAUAUGUUGAGACUGUUAGUAAAUAUAUAUUUUAGAUUA